UUAUUUAUGUUUACAUCAAGGUGAAGUCGCGGUUCGCGUGCCGCUAGUCGUUUCAUUUCCACUUUCAGUAUGUCUGAAGCACUUUCCUUGUCAGUGAUUCUUCAUAAAUGGAUGCGAGAUUUGAAACUGGUCAAGUCUUCGGAGGGUCCUUCGAUUGGCUCGAAUCAUUUCCUCGAACUGCUUAUUCGACUGAAGAAAAAACCGAAUCUUCUGUUGCAAAAGAGACAGCAAGAUGCAACAAGCGCUUCAAACUUUCGUUCGGUAUUAUUAGAAGUGAAAUCAGCGUUUAUUUCGGACUUGAAAUUCGAUACCGAAUCAUUGCUGAAAGAAGAGUGGAAUGAAGCUAAGGGCAAACUCGCUUUGGCAAUUUUAUGCAUGUGCUGCAUUAUCCUGAAAGAUCUCGAUUCUCCGUUACUGAAGGCAUUGCAUGGAAUGCCUUCAGAUCACCAGAAGGUCAUUGAGCGGGCAUUGAGUGCGUUGAACGUUGAUUCAGAGAAACUGACGGACAUUCUGUUCGACGAGGUAUUAAGCUGUGGCAAAGAGCGAUGUGAUCAGUCACCAGAAUCUAGCCGUGGGAUCAAAAGGAAGAGUUGCGAUUGGAUUAAAUCCCCUUUGUCCAAGUUUUGGGAUAGUCCUCAUUCGCGGAUUCUAUCUUCUGAAAAACGGCGUACUGCGAAGUUGGAGACUGUACGGAGUGAACUUCGUAAUGCCCGUUCAGAAAACGAUGAGCUGAUCAAACGACUAGAAGAGCUCGAAACAGAGAAAAAAUUCGAUGCAUCAAGAAUUCAAGCGCUGGAGUCCUCCUUGAAAUCGGCGAAGCAUGACUACAAAACUUUGGAGACGUUGUUGGUAAAAUCUGAUGGCAGCGGCAGCGAGGAAAUGGAGGAAAAAUUGGAUCGCAUUUUGAGUCAGUUGAGGGAAGCGAAGGAUGAUUUUAAAGCGGAGAAGGAAUUCCGCGCUCUCGUUGAAUCCAGGGAGUUGGCCGCGAAUGAAAAGAUUGAGAAGAUGCAGUUAUCCGUCACAAAACUCACCGAAGAACGAGAUUCCGCCUUGAGAGCGAUGGAAGAAAUCGACGCGUUAUCCGAACAUGCUUUGUCCGCUGAAGCGGAACUUCGUCAUCAAGUGGCAGCUCUGACUGAACAUGGGAAGAAGCUUGAAGAAGAACUCGAUAUGUAUCACAAUGAUGCCCAGCCAAAAAAGUCCCGCCGAUCCCCAUCACCGCUUGAAGAAGGGGAAGACUUGACGUGUGUCCUUGAAGAGAAAAUCAACGACUUGACCAAUGAGCUGAGAAAUGCAAAAUCGGAAUUCGAGAAGGUUUCGAACGAACGUGCGGAACUGUCAAGCAAAUUCGAAUCGCAAGUGAAAUCUGCCGCGGAAAAGGCGAGAUUCAUUUCUACGUUGACUAGUGAAACCAAGCGGUUGAAGGUGGACAUGGCGAACCAGAGGAAUGCCUAUGAUUCAAAGGUUGCCAAUUUGGAAAUGAGACUUGCGAAGGCUACGAAAGAGAAAAAUACGGCAACUUUGGCCCUUCAGGAUCUCCACGAGACCUGUGAUGAACAGGUGACGAAAAUAAAUUCUUUGGAAAAACAAGUGGCGGAAAAAACAGCACUCGAGAUGGAGAUCAAAAAUUUGAAGGCUGCUCAAAAAUCGACCGAGGAAAAGAUGAAAAUUAAGGAAAUGGAGAGUGCUAGUGCUGCCCAUUCUGCAAAGGAGGUGGAGGAAUCCGACAAUCAUAUACACGCGGAAAUACUGAGUUUGCGCCAGAGUUUGUCUGAAUCCGACGAAGUUAGGCAACAAUUAGCGUCGGAAUUAAAGGACGCGAAUAACGGGUUUGCCCAAGCUCAAAAACAACUUUGUGAAGUACGUGCGAGACUUGCGCAAAUCGAGGAGCAAAAUGCUUCCGACAAGCGAGAUUUGCAGGCAAAAAUCGAUGCGGCGCAGCUACAGUUUGAGGAGAAAAAUGGAUUGCUCGAGCAAGCUACGAGGCGUUUGGAAGAGUCUGACGAAGCGAGACAAGAGCUCAUCAGCGAGUUGCUGGAUACCAGAAAUUCUUACGCUAGUUUCCAGGAGAAAAUGAAUACGAUCCGAUCUGCCCAUGGAAAGGAAAGAGAAGAUAUGCAGAAGGCAACUGCAGAUCUGAAAGAUUCUUUGGAAGCUGCCUCUUCGAAGCUAAAAGAGCAGGAAUCGAAAAUCAAUGCACUCUUAGCCGAGCUCAACAAAACCAGGGAAGAAAAGAACGAAAUUGAAGUGGAAGUCGUGAAAAUUCGAGAAACGGAAUUGCAAAUGAAGGGUGAAAUCGCUGCUGUUCAAAGUUCAUUGGAUUCUGUCCGUAAAGAAUCCACAGAUUCAUUGGAAGAUCUCAUGCGGUUGCGAUUGGAAAAUCAGCGUUUGACUAAUGAAAAUGGUGACCUUGAGGCGAAAAUUUCAUGCAUUGUCGGUUUGGUUUCGGAUUUUUGCCGUUCGAAUCUUAUGGGUCCCGAAGUUGGUGAGAUCAAUGAGAAGCUCGUGGAAAUUUUCCGUGAAUUCGCGAGAUUAUCGUCUGAGCUCGAUAAGGAGAAACACUGCGUGGAAGCGCUGCAAAAAUCAAUCGAAGAAUUCGAGGAGCUGAAGAGGAUGGCUGUAGAAAAGGAGAACUCCUCUAUGGAAGAAAUCGACAGACUCGUAACGGAAUUAUCUAAUAUGAAGCAUCAGUUGAGAAGCACGAAGGACGUAUUGAUGUCCACCCGUGAUCAGCAUCAGAAAGAACGAGAACAGUGGGUGAAAGCGAACUUUGAUGUUCAAAAGAAGCUCGAUGAAAGCUUGAGAGUUGCUCAGGUCGAUGCAAAUGAUUUCACGGAAGCUGAAGAGAAAAUGUCAUCGCUACUCAAUGCACUCAACAAGAAGAAUGGCGAAUUACAAGACCUGCGACUAGAACUCGAGGAAGUUCGGUCGAAGAAAUUGAAAGCCGAAAAUGAGUUGUUGGACAUGCAGAUGCGUGUGGAUUGUCUGGAGAACGAAAUACGAGAGCUGGAAACGAGCCGUGAAUCUCAGCAAUUGCGAGAUGAGGUCGGAGAUGAGGAAGUCGACCGGAUGCGAAGCGAGUUGGAGGAAGUCCGCGUGCAACUGACGGAAUUUCAAGAAAUGUUGGAAGCCGCCCAAUGCGAUAGAAACCGAAGAGAAUACGAACGCGAGGAAUUGGUUCGUGCGAAUUACGAGCUUCGACAGCAGCUAGAUGAAGAACGCCAAGAAAGUGACAAUCUGCGAUCGAAUCUGGAAGCCGAAAAUUCAAACUUAGCGGAACAGGUGAAGUCUUUGGAAACAUCACGUGCCGAGCUUCUUGAAGAAAUCGAUAAGUCAAACCUGAACAUUUCAAGAAUGUCUCCAGAAGUGGAAGAUUUGCGCGAAAAAUUGAAUUCACUGGAAGCGGAUCAACAGAAUGCCAAGCAAGCAUUUUUACAGUUCGCAGCGAAGUUCAAAAUCGUGGUGAGUCCAGAAACCAUGAAUUCGGCUGGAUUCGCUGUGGAUUUCGUGGAUAUGUUCACAAGUCUGAUGGAAUCGGUCCGCACUGAGAUCAAGAAUGCGCAAAACGAAAACUAUCAGCUGAAGGGCGACAAAAAAUCACUCGAAAAGAAAAUGGAAGAAUUGGAAGCUAGGAAAGAUGCGGAGAUGAAAAAGCGCGAAUUUGACUUGAAGGAGUUCACGAAAAACCGGAUGCGCGAAGUAUCUGAAUCAUUAGCAAUGGACGAGGAGAAGUUUGAGCGUCGAAUUCGGGAAAAAGACGAAAAACUUUCAAAAUUGGUUCGCGAGAAGAAUGAUAUGGCUGCGAAGUGUGAAAGAGUUGCACAAAAGCUAGAAGAGCUUCGUCUGAGCCGUGAUGCUGUGUCGCGAAAUGACUCGAAUUGGCAAGAAGAAAAAACCGAGCUCCUGCAGAAAUACGCUGACUUGCGAGCAUUGCAUGACAGAACGAUGACCGCCAAGAGAGCUUUGGAGAUGAAAGUGGAAAAUUUGAACCGGGAAAAGUCCGUGUUGGAGGCGAGUGCGAAACUUGCAGAAAUGCGGCUUGCCGAGCGCACUAAAUCAAAGUCAGCGUCUUCGUUUGGGACCCAUAAGGAAAACGAAUACGAAACCAUUUCGUAUGGGGACGAUGUCGAAAAUCACGUCUACGCUAAUAUCGGGCGACCAAUGUCGAAAUCCAAUUCUGCCAGUACGGUGUUCAGUCGAACGUUGAGUUGUUCAAGUGUGCGACCGUUGGCAUGUGAAGAUGAAGAAGGCGAGGUGUUGACUUCGACUGCCUUGUCGGAAGUCGCUCGUACGGCUGCUAUUCAGAAGAGGAUUGAAGAAUUCACCAACAAGCUGGGAACCUCGGAUGUUGGAAACAAUUCCGUCCUGGCUGAAAGUGGGACUCUGAAGAAGCCUUGCACGAAAUCGCAUCGGAGAAGCCGCUCGUUGAGUCCACCGUCACGAAAACCUCUUCAGGCGUUAUGCGGCAAUUCGGGAAACCGUCCCUCGCCGCUGAAACAAAAUGAAUCCAUUGAUCUUGAUGGUAGCACUGCAAGCACCAGUUCCGUUACUAGUAACGGAAGUCGCAGAGGUCGCAAGAGUCUACUUCAGACGAGCUACACGAAACCCGGCCUGCCGACCCCAGGGAAAAACUGUUCCGUCAAUGCUCUCAGAUCGCGGGUGCGGAAAUCCCAGAAGAGGACAGAGCUCAACAACACCCCACAGAGCUUGGAAAGAGUCCUGCGUCGUCGGAGUGGGUUGAAAGCUGUACUCGACGGCGAAAGCGUCGCACUUGUCGACGCGAACACGCGCACUGCCAAAAAUAAGAAGGCGCAGAUUUUCCGAAAUCCUUUCCGCGGAAUCCCGGCGAUGGAAACGCCGAGGUCACUGUUGAAAGUGUCGUCGUCGCGAGAAACUGAGACCCACGAUGUGUCACCUGACGUGAUCGUGUGGGACUCGAAAGCCACUCCUUUACGAUCAGCCCCUCGUCGGGUCAUUGAUCGAGAACGUACAGAUUCACCCUGGCAAUCCAAUGCGAGUUCUGCUGCCGAAUCGCCUGUAUCUACGAGGUCGCCGCACAUGACUUUGACCUCGCUUCGGUCUCGGUCAUUCACACCACGCGCGCGACCGGCGGGCGAAAUGCUGGACAUGAAAUCUCUACUUGAGUCACCCGUUGUGGGCAGCGAUGCUAGGAAAUGCUCUGUCGAUAUGAUGCCUGACGACGACGACGACUUGCUUAAUUGUUUGGAUGACUUCGAAAUGUCACAAAUGGCUGACCGAACAUCGGUUCGCUCUGAAGUGGAUGAUUUCGAGUCAACGCCAAAUGAAGAGGAUGAAGACCUCUUGAAGUGUGUGAAAUUUCUCGAUGCAAAAGAAAUGUCGGAGGGGGUGUUCAGAAAACCCGCUGUCGUCGAUAAAGCACCGAAACAGUCCAGAAGUGCCACAGUUGAUUUCGACGACGAUGAACUAGACGAUGAAACAACACAAGGAAUGCUCGAAGCCUGCUUGCAAGCUGAAGCCAGCCGCUUUUACUCCGAAGUUGCGUCUACUUCGCCGGGGAUUGAUCAAGAGUUUCGGGUGAGUGAACAGAAACAUCAGCUAUCUUUUUUUUUGCAGUUUCAGUCGACAGGAGGAACGAAUGCGAAAUUCAAGCGCGUCAUACAACAAAGGAGUGUAGAAAUCGACAUGGAACAAUGUCUCGAAGCUGCGUCUUACGAUACUUGUCCAGAUGUGCUUCCUGAUGCCCUCGAAUCAACGGACGACAAUGUCAUGCUUUUCGAGGGAACUUCAGGACUAAAGGAAGAACCCAUUCUUGAAACACGAGAGGAUUCUGGAUACCUGGGGUGUGAACGCGAUUCUCCCGGCGUUUUAGGCUUCAGUUCUCCGGGGUCCACAGUUGAACUUCCUUCAGCGGAUGAUUCCCCACCCAGAGCAGACUACCCAGCCAAGCAAAUACAACCGAGUGAUCUGAUCAACGAUGCUGUUGCUUAUUCGUGCGGAUCUCUCUACUCUUGCUAUGAAAGAGCUGCUGCGAAUCCGGGUUCUUUGGCUUACCAGGCGCAGGUGAAACAACACGAGUACCUGAGGGCGCUGGAGGAAAAAAUGACGUCGAUUUGUUCUUCUGACGAGGCUUCAAGUAAAACGAGCGAGGAAAUCCAGAGCUUUACAGAUGAGAAGGCAGAACGGGAUGAGAUGCAGAAAGUAGAUGGAGGCUUCUCCAUUUUCUCUCCUGAACACGGACAAGAGGAGCACCUGGGAACUCCCAUAAAAAUGGAAAUCGACUUCGUGUCUUCCGAUCGCGAAGAGAUUUCAAGUAGCCGUGUUGAAUGUCCGCUUGAAGUUACUCGAAGCAGUUUGAGCGAGCAUCCUGACGCGAUUUCCGAAAUCAUCGCGGAAGAUGGCGGCAGUAUCACUGAUACUCCGUCUGCUUCAUCGGAUCCCAUAUGUAAAGAAAUGGCUUUCGAAACUGAUUUCAUCGAUGAUGUGAAAUUUGAAGUUGAUCCUGUUACGGUCGAACCAUCUCACUGCAAUACACCAGAAGACAAUAUAGGAGUUGUGCCGGAGUCCAAUGAAUACUUGAUAGCGACUCUGAGCGCAGCCAGUUCGAGCGCUGAUUCGGCGUCCUCUUGCACGUCGAGUGAUUCUGGAGACGACCCUAAUAUCAAGUCUGCCCCGAAGCUUGUGAAAACUCCGAAGAACAAACUCUUCUUGCAGCAGUUGUUCGGGUCUUCGGAUUCGGAGGAUGAUCUCAAGGUGCAUUGCGAUGACGAGCUGUUUGAAGAUGUGGAACAUGAGGAAAACGCCGCGGAAUCUCAGCAGGACGUUUCGCCGAUGGACGCCGAUGACAACGAAACCAGCAGCAUGUCGGAACGGAAAAAGCGGGCCCUUGAAAUAUUUCGAAAUAGUUUAAAUCGCACAUCAGCAGCCCCUGAACCGAAGUCAGCAAAGGAAUCCUUUUCAACAUGCAAGAAAAGAAUUACAGGACCGCAGAAAAGCGGCGUUGAGACUGAUGAUGAAUCGAACAAGGCUCUCGAAGACGGGGAAAUCAGCGACGACAAUGACGACGUUCUCGUGCCUCUUCCGCGAAAAUUGGCGUCAUCAACCUCGACAGUGAAUCCCGUCAGGAAGCAACGUUCGUCUGGGAAAGGACUGUGUGGAGCUGCUCCUCCAGGUUACUUGCCGCACAUGCCAACGAUCGCCCAAGCACCCGUGAUUCCUCAGGUUCCGAUUUUGCCGAAUUUUUUGAACCCUGCGAAUCCAUUGACGGCGGGUGUUCCGAAUCCGUACAUGUUCCCUAUGGGCGCUUUUGGUGCUGGGAAACGAUUGGCGGCGUUGUCCGGUGAUUUAGUUAAUGGAGGGGUACCUCAGGCCACUGCGGUGGACCCCGGGGGUAGGAACGGGCAAGUUUGUCCGUAUUUUGAAAUGAAGGGCGAUUGCCCAAUGGGACGUGAAUGCAAGUUUAUUCACCAAAUGGGUCCGACUAGAUCAACUGAUGCAUCCAUGCAAUUUCUGUCGAUGAUGCAAGCCAUGGCAAUGCCUUAUCCGAUGAUGCAACAGUUGAUGGUUCCAAGGAUACCAGCGAUGAUGCCGAUGCCCAAGUUGCCCCGUAUCCCGCGAGAACUGCUUCAUCCCAUGAAUGAAAGACCCCGGCCGAACUCACGAGGAAAUAACAGCCGAGAUGAUUGGACCGAAGAGAAUAACCGAUCACCUGAACCAGACGUAGACACAGGCACCACAGGGAAUCGGAGCCCAGAAGAAAACCCGAAUCCCGCUACGCGAGCAAACGUAGGGAUCCUCCUGCGAGCAAAUCACCAGCUUCCUCUUCCAACUCUUCGUCUGAUGACAGCUCUUCCGAUGACAGCAGUCCCGGAAAAUUAUCUCCCAAUCGAGUGUCGCACAGCAAUCGAUCCGGUAGAAAUUCCGGCGACACGAAACGUCGUGACGGUACACCUCACAGUUACCGUCGACAUGCCACGGAAAAUCGUGCGGAAGAAAGAGGAAGGUACAGGAGAUCUUCACGGGAAAGACACCGGCAUCGACAUCAUAGAUGGUGAUUCACAUGCUCGACGUCUACAACACUGGAGAUGUAUCCUUCAGAAAACCGUUUUGAUGUUGCGAGUUCAUCGCGUGAACAAGAUGCGACUUUGAAAAAUCCUGAUAUUUUUUUUUUAUUGUGGCGAUGUCUUCAACUGCGGGGACGACAGUAUUUUGUGGUAUAAUCGGACUCGUUUUUGCGUUUAGAAGGAAUUGGACAUGGCUUGAUGCUCCAGAUUAUUUGGCUCCUUUUGCCGGGAAUGUGGGUGGAAUAUAUGCACAAAUUUCAUUAUUUUCAAAAGA